AUGAGUUAUAUGAACCGGAUUUUCAAACCACAUUUAGAUCAGUUUGUUGUGGUAUUCAUUGAUAAUAUUUUGAUCUACUAUAAAAGUAAGGAAGAACAUGCAGAGCAUUUGAAGAUAGUUCUACAGAUUUUAAGGGAGCAUCAGUUAUAUGCCAAACAAUCCAAGUGUGAGUUUUGGUUACAUGAGAUCCAGUUUCUUGGACACGUCAUCUCAUCUACAGGAGUGGCUGUUGAUCCGAGUAAAAUUGAAGCUGUGUUGGAUUGGGAGAGACCCAAGAGUGUUAAUGAGAUCCGGAGUUUUCUGGGUUUAGCCGGAUACUACAGGAGGUUUAUUAAUGGAUUCUCCAGAAUCGCCUUGCCAUUGACUAGGUUGACCCGAAAAGGGGUGCCAUUUGCAUGGACCCUUGGGUGUGAUGUGAGUUUUCAAGAAUUGAAAGAUAAGUUGACUACCGCAACGGUUCUGAUUCUUCCUGAUCUAGAGAAGAGAUUUGAGAUCUAUUGUGAUGCAUCCAAGUAUGGAUUAGGGUGCGUGUUGAUGCAGGAGCGAAAGGUAGUGGCCUAUGCUUCUAGACAGUUGAGACCACAUGAAGAGAAUUACCCUACUCAUGAUCUUAAGUUAGCGGCCGUGGUUUUUGCAUUGAAAAUAUGGAGACACUUCUUGUAUGGUGCUACCUUCACAGUUUUUAGUGGUCCCAAAAGCUUGAAGUAUCUAUUCGAUCAAAAGGAGCUUAAUAUGAGAAAGGAGAUGGAUGGAAUUCUUGAAGGAUUAUGA